GAGGAAGAAAGGAAACUUGCUGUUAAGGAAAUAUCAGCACUCCUUCGAAAGAGAAAAUCUCAUGAGAGAGAGAGAGAGAGAGAGAGAGAGAGAGAGAGAGAGAGAGAAUCUCGCAGUUAGGGUUCCUGCAAUCUCUCUACCCACCCUCGAUUCUCGCAAAAUCCCGGAAAUGCGGCAGAUCCGAGCCUUUGAAUCCGUUCUCUCCAUCUCAGGAACGGAAUUGAACUCCUUUCCGCUUGAAAUCUCCUCGAAUUUCGACAGGAAGAGAGAGAGAUCUCCUCCGGAAAGUCUUUGGCUCUCGGAACGUUAAGAUGAGCAGACGCUGGUACUGAAUUUUAUAAGAAUUUUUGUUUUUUGAAGUUCUGUUAGAUUGCUUUGAAGUUAGGGUUCGUCGUUGUGCAGUAAACCACUCUUUUAGAGAAUGCAUGAAGAUUUUAUGGUUUGAAUUUUCAUAUAUUUUCAACUUCAGCGAGUACAAUGAUAAUUCAAAAGUCUGUGUUGUCCUGAAGUUCCAUUCCUUGUUUAGUGGGAUCCUUUUAUGGCUUUAUGAAAAUUUAUUAAUGAAAAAGGAGAAUUAGGGUUCAAUUACGAAGAUAGGGAUGUGGAGUUCUUGUUAUUUGAGAAAUUCUGUUUGUCUUUUUUUUUUUCCCGGUUGGGAGUAAAUGACUUGAAAUGGGCGCUUCCAUGGUUGUAGGUUUUUGAGGUCGUGCUUUAGAUUUAUGUAUAAAAGUGCGAUUUUUGCAAUCUGUACGGAAAUCUGAGUUCUUUUCUUCAGCCAAGUUUGAAGAGAACUGCGUCUUUGUAUGGUUGGAUUAUAGAGAUUUUGGGAGUUUGUUCCAUGCAUACGGACAGAGUGGACAAUUUUUUGCUGUUCAAUGAUAUGUACAAAGGUGAAAUUUUGUGAUCCAUAAGGAAAAUUGGGUAGUGGCUUCUUUUCUUCAGCCGAGUUUGAAGAGAACUGCAUCAUUGAACGGUUGGAUUUUGGAUAUUUUGGGAGUUUAUUCCAUGUGUACAGACAGAGGAACAUGUUGCUGGAUCCAGUGUUAGAAUCACUGUAAGCAUCUGGGGGUUGAAGAUGCCCCCUUCUCCAGUGUUGAGGUUCUCUCCGGUAAGGGAGCUUAGAAGAGAAAAUCACAAGAGGGGACACAGUUUCGAGAGCGGGUUACACCUCAAGGAGAAAGACGAUGAUCUCACACUGUUCAAUGAUAUGCAGAACAGGGAGAGGGACAAUUUCUUGCUGCAACCUGUGGAAGAUUUUGACGAGUCCCUCCCAAUAAAAUUGACAUACUUCUCGGACCUCAACCUUGGCAUCUCCAUUCCAGUUCGGGGAGAGAGCAGUGAUCUGCUUAAUGCAGACGGCGAGAAAAAUGAUUAUGAUUGGCUGUUAACGCCCCCCGACACCCCACUUUUCCCUUCUUUGGAUGAUGAGACUCCUGCCACUAAUCUUACAGAGAAGAGUUACAGGACCGGUAGAACUAGUGAAAGUCCACAUCGAUCAAGUCCAUCCCCUCGGUCUGGUUACUGUACAUUUCAAUCAAGAGGGAGGCCAUCCUCUGCCCCUCGUUCUAGUCCCACUCCUGUUUCACGUUCCACGAUGCCUUCACGAAGACCAUCCACUCCAAAUAAACUAUCAGCACCUGCUCCAAGAUCAUCUACACCCACACUCCAGCGGACGAACACAGGUGUCCAACAAUUUUCAUCUGUCAGUAGGGGGACCUCCCCAGGAAGGUCAACUCGUGGAAAUUCCGCUUCACCUAAAUUACAAGCAUGGCAAUCAACGCUCCCAGGUUUCUCCGUGGAUCCUCCUCCCAAUCUUCGGACUUCUCUAUCAGAUCACCCAGCCUCACAUGUGAAGGGCUCAUCACCAGCAUCAAGGAAUGGGAAGGAUUCAUUCUCGAAAGUCAGAAGGCAAUCAAUGUCACCGACUGCUUCUAGAAGUGCCAGCUCAUCGUACAGCUAUGAUCGAGAUCUCUUCAGCUCCCAGAGCAAGGGCUCUGUAGCAUCAUCUGGUGAUGAUGAUAUGGACUCUCUGCAGUCUGUAAUUGUGGGAAGAUCGAACCAUCCAACUGCAAGGAAAAAUGAAGCAUUUUCAAACAGCAGAUCUGUAGCAUUUUCGAAGAAGCCAACCAGAUCACUGCCCUCAAGUUGUGCUCCAAAAAGAUACAUCGAUUCUGCAGUUAGACAAAUGGAUGAUCACAGAAUUCCUCAGAAUAUGUUUAGGCCACUUUUAUCAAGUGUCCCAAGUACCACCUUCUAUGUUGGGAAAGCAAAAUCUGCACAUCAUAGAAACUCUUCAGUCUCAACUAGCAGUAAUGCAAGCUCUGAGCAAGGUGCCAGUUUUGCACCAGAUACUGAUGAUCUGGCUACUGAAUGUGCAAAGGCGUCCCUCCCUGAUGCUCAAGAGGAACUGUUCAUUUUUUAUAAGGUGGAGGAGGUAAAUGAAGAUAUUCAGCAUGAAGUCUGUGAUGGAAAACCCUGCGAUUGGCAUGGAAACUGUGAUGGAAGCAUUAUAUGCAACGUCGAGAAACGAGAGUCUGAAAGGUUAACCAGUAAUUAUGAGGCAGCUGCAAUUGAUGAAACUGCUGCUGAACCUGCAAAUGAUGCAGGUGAACUUUCAGAUGUUGGUUGUGAUGAAACGAUGCCAUCUUGCUCUUUGUGUGUUAGAAACUCCCUUUUCAUGGAAAGAAUGGAUGGGAAUGCUGAUGUUUGUGGAGAAUGCGCAAAGAAAAGCGGACUAUUGAUAGUCACUCAGAGCACCACAAUUCACUCUGAGAUGGCUUUGGAAGAAAAUAAAUUUCAUGAUGAAUUGGAGCCUGCAAUGGGAAUACCUAAAUUGCCAAAAAUGACUAGCGAUCAAGAUAUGCCCAACCAACAAGAAAGGCAUGUUGAGCAGGGCCUUGGUUGCUUGCCAGACAGUUUUCUUCAGUUGAUGGUGGCAGAAGGGGAUCAACAUCUUGAGGAGCAGCAAUCUGAGAAUGAUCAGCAUCUUCUGGGCCAGCCAAAUGUUAGUUAUAUCGAAUCUGAGUGUGUCACUGCAAAUCAACAUUUGCAACAUUUUAAUGGCCAUCCAAACUUAAAGGUCGGCAGUUCAGAAGGUGUGGGUAUUUCUGUACUUCUACUGAAAAGGUCAAAUAGUAGCAAGUGGCCUGUUGUUGAAGGAAGGGCUUUUACUGCUACAAAUAUACCUUACAAUGACCCCUCUUACGCAAGGGAUAAUUCAAAUGCUAUGAAAAGUUUUACUGGGCAGGGCAGUGCUUCAGCUUCUUCAUCUGUUGAUUUGGGAUCAUCUAGGCAAACAGAGGCCCGUCUUCAACGUCAGUUAAGCAGCAGGAAAGCCGACUUAGGAAACUUCAGGGAUGAUUCCAAUGUAAAACCUGUUAUCGCAAGAUCAUUUUCUGGAAUUUCAAACAAUGCAUAUGAGGCUUUAGUUCAUGCAAAGAACACAAAUGAAGAAACUAGAGGUGCUUCGGAAAGUAUAGAAGUGUUUGAUGGACAUUCCCCUUUUGCCAGUACAGCUGUUCUUGAGGAACAUAAAUUUGACUGCACUGAUGGUUGCAGUAGAACGGAUGCUUCUACGUUGGAGUUAUCUAGCCACACACGAAAUGUCCUGUUAGAGGAAAACUUAGCUGCAGAGUUUGUACAUGAUGAAGACCUUGUUUCAUCUGGUAAUGUGGAUGAUCUCAACCCAAGCAAUGCAACAAGCAUGUCAGAUAUAGAAGUGGUAAUCAGGACUGCCGAGCCUUCUGUCACGUUGGAAGAUGUCAUUUUAUAUGAAGUUGAUGCUUCUUCAGUUAUAAUAUCAGGAAUAUUAGAAAAUGUCCAUGGUAAUACCACAGUUUCAAAAAAUGAUUCUGCAUCUUCUCCAAAGAACAUUGUGGAGGCAUUCCAGGAGCCUUCCAUUUCAGCAACAUCAGAGAAGGGUCUAUUUUCAUCCCUAAUAGUUGACAUGUUAGAUAAUGCAGAAUGUAAUGAUGAAGAGCCUACGGUAACAGUUGAUGGCCCAAGAGGAAAUAAAUCAAGAAGCUUGGCAUUGGAAGAAGCAACUGAUACCAUACUGUUCUGCAGCUCUAUCAUUCACAAUCUGGCUUACGAGGCUGCAACCAUUGCGAUGGAAAAGGAGGACGUGGUUCCCCUUGUUGGUUCUCGGCCCAUGGUCACCAUCUUGGGUAAAUCUGAUUACAACAGACAAGAUGUGCAUGGCAGGAGUUCCAGCAAACGCAUGCCGAAGUCUCAAAAGGCAAGGCAAAGGCGGUUGGAAGCAGAUGCAAAAACCACAUCGACCAAGACAGAAAAUGAUGAGAACAUCGAAGAAUCUCUGCCCCACGAUUCAAAAGCUCCAAACAAGGUUGACAGUAUGAAACCACCAAAGCUGGAGUCCAAGUGCAAUUGCUCGGUGAUGUAAACCUCUCUUCCAUCCUCCCUAUUUGAGGGUGUCUUUGUACUUGGUAGAAUUUUCUGUUUUGCGGGGUAGCACAUAGAUGCCCUAUCAGUUUCUGUUCCUUCCAAUUGAUUUAUUUUUAAGAAACAACACAUUGUGUUGGUGGCAUAAAUGUAUAAAAAUAUAUGUUUAUGGGUGAUUUCAGAAAAGAAAUUGAUCAGUUACAGCUGGAAGUACUCUUGUCCAACCAAAUCUUUACUACCAACAAGCCAACUGAAUAGGACAUACAUGCCCAGCAAACAGUAGGCACCACCAUAGAUGUUACCUAUCACAGAAGUAAGGCUGGUCCACUCGUCAGGUGGUGCAUUGACCCGAAAUGUGUGGCCCACCCACCUGAUGAGCAGACCAGCCUGAUUUUCGUGGGCCUACCGUUUGCAUGGUAUGGAUGUCAUACACAGCAAGCAUGUUGGCAGGAAAGACCUGGUUUGACGACAAGUCAGUGUCCUUGGGCCGUGCCUGAUGAGUUCCCAUUUCAGAAAGGAAUCAGGGUUCUGUUGCAGCUU